GAUAGCUACAACAGCAACUGCUCCUAAGCUAUGUCAACACAUUUCGAUUUUCUUUGUGUUGAAAAAUAGAAAAGUGAAAGGUUGAGCAGUCCCGGAGAUGUCACAGCUGACCACGUCACGUGUCCUACGGCCACGCUUGACGAGAGACGUGCCGACAGCUGCGUCAUGUGACUUUACAGUCGUGGUUGACGGCACCGAGUUUAGAAGCCAACGACAACUAUUAAGCUCAGUCUCUACAUACUUUGAGGCCAUGUUUCGCAGCGACAUGAAGGAGACGCUGGAAGGACGCGUGGAGCUGACAGACAUGCGCAGUGAGACCUUCGCUACAAUUUUAAACUUCAUCCACAAGAGAGUUCCUGGUCUGAAGCCAUCCAACAUUGAUGAUGUAUGGGAGGCGGCAAACCGUCUGGACAUAGGGAUUUAUCUGCAAGUAUGUGAGACAUAUGUUAUCGAGAGCUUGUCUCUUGAUAAUUUUUCAUAUAUCUAUCAACAAGCCGUUGCUUUUAAUUCAAAAAACGUGAAAGACGGCUUGAUAUAUUUCAUGAAGCGAAACUAUGCCCAUAUUUAUCAGACGGAAGUUUUCCUGAAUUUUUCAUUUCCUAUUAUCUUGUCUUUUGUUGAAGACGAGGAACUGAACGUUAAGACGGAAGAUUUAGUUCUGGACGGGAUAUCAUGCUGGGUUUCGCAUGGAAGACAAAGUACUGGUCUGUCUCUUGUCCUAAGCUGCAACGACGAGUUGGGAAAACUGGUAGAGGGUGGGUGCCGGGAUUGUGACGUCACAGCUGGUGGAGGGACUGGUGACGUCACUACCGGUGGAGAGACGGGUGACGUCACUACCGAUGGAAAGACGGAUGACGUCACUACCGGUGGAGAGACGGAUGACGUCACAACCGGCGGAGAGACGGUGGAGUCGGUAACCGAAGUACAGUCUGGAGAAAAUCCAACAUCUGACAAUUCUCCCGACCCGAUCAAUGCUGACCCCACAGACGACAGAAGAAAAUAUCUCGCCAAACUAUUGUCCAGCGCUAAGAUCAUUUUAGCCAGUCGCAGAUGCUUGGAGGCCUUACUGACUCACCCACACAUACGCACCUGCCCUGAUGCCUGCGAUGUCGUGCACGAAGCCUUGAAGUUCAAGGUCGGCGUCUACCCUUACGAAAGUUCCCUGAUGAUCCCGUACAGGAAGUCUUGUGGGAAAAGAAAUGUAAUGGCACGUAUGGGUGUGUGCAGUCUUCUACUCUACGACCUCGAGAGCGGGAGAUCAACCACCAUUUAUAUCUAUGAUAAAAACCGAGUAAAUCAAACGAAAGUGUCUGCCGUCUCGCUGGGAUCAAAACUCGCUUUUCUAUCUACACGGUGCACAUGUGAUUGCUCAUACCUCAAUCAUAUGUGCCGUACUAAAGCUGUUCUCACCAUUGAUGAAAACAAAAAAAUGUCUACCCUGUACGAGGUUUGUGGUAAACAAGACAGGCCCACGCAUCUCGUGUCCGUGAACGGCAAGAUUUUCAAUAUCAGUCGCAGUACGCCCAGAAGUCGAAUACAUGACCAAGAUUUGUUUCAAAUUCUUGAGCUGGACAAGAGCGUCAAAUUUGAUUUCACCUGUGUAUUUGAAAAUAAUAUAUUGCUGUUUAAAAACAAUGAUUAUACUAAUGUUAGUACUCUUAAUAACCUUCAUAGAAUUGACGAUGUAACAGUCCACUGCUACAAUCUGGAGACAAAGUCGCUAACAACAACUGCGAUACCGGGUAUUAGUUUUAGUCGUAACUAUACAGCCAUACACAAAGGCACAGACUUGUUUGUACUGGUAUCAAGCGGUGCCUUGCUUGCUGUCUACAAAGCUGAUGACAAAGUACAAUUCACGUAUGUCGUUGACCUUUGGAUAAACGAGGACUGGAUGGUAUACGGGGCAGCGUAUUAUGAAGGUGAGUUGCUUUUGUUCUGCGAUGACGAUGGCACUAACCACCCCACGAUUCUGACCUCCGUGCCUGGGGUGUUCGAGAAGAUUCGCGUGAUCGAGGUAGAUGCAGAGGGCUGCAAUCUUGUCCCCAUGGUUGUACCAGUCUCCUGGGUGCAGAAAAGUGCUAGAGUGCUCUGGCGUUUUAGUUUGUAGCCAGUCCUAUAAUUCUAUGAUCUCGUCAUAACCAAUGGCAGAACGUUACGACGGACAAUCAAGCCAUGAGAAUAUUUUAUUUAAUUCCAUCGGCGAGAAUACCACAGGGUAUACAUGUAGGACUAUAUACUAUGAUAAUAUGCUUACAUUAUUAGUUUCAUUAAAUAAAAAGAAAUGUUUAUUAAAUGAUGUAUUCUAAAAUAAACUAUAA